AUGUUUGCAAGCUCCUGGCAGAUGAUCCUGGACAUGGACGGAGUUCUGUACAAAAACGCAGAAGUAGAAAAUGAGAUCGUCAAGAGGCUCGGCAAGGCCACCGAGAAGCUCGGGCUUGGGCCAGAUGCGCACCAAGAGCUCUUCAGAUCACAUGGAUCAACCCUCCGAGGACUGCUUUCUGAAGGUCAUCUUUCAGGAGAGGCCAUCGCAGCUUUCUAUUCUAGUGUCUAUGACGGCGUGGACCUGGAGGCGAUACAGCCGGAUCCGCUUCUGGCCCUGCAGCUGAAGAGCUUGAGGGCGCACGGUGUUUCUUUGUGGUUGGCAACGAACUCGCCGCGCAGAUUUGUGGAUCGUGUCCUCGAGGCCCUGGGGCUCGAGAGCGAUCUUCUGCACAUCAUCUGCCCCUCCCCGGAGAACGACUGGAUCAACAAGCCUGAUGCCAGGUUCUUUGAGAUGCUGCCCCGGGCGAGAGCCAAAUUCUUUGACGACUCCCUGGGCCAUGUCCGAGCUGCAGUAGCUUCUGGACUGCUCUCUGCACAUGUGCGGCGUUCGGACGAUAUCAUGAUGCUGGUGGCAGAUGCUCUGAUGGUAGUGCCGGCCAGCUGGCGCUUGUCCAAAAGCCACUAUUUACAGGCCAAGGAGGUCGCCGACCUUCGAGCCCUCUCUGCCUCGGUGCGUGCUCAGCUGGCGAUGGAGCUCGCCGGCUACGCUGGGCAGCAGAUCUCCAUCCUUGACCUGGGUGCAGGUACUCUGUCAAUGCUGUCGGUGAUUUUGCAGGCUUUGCCGAAAGGUUGCCAGGUGAAGUACACAGCCCUGGACCGCGAUGAAGAACUCUUGAAGCAGGCUGCUGCAGAGCGUUUGGAGUCGCAAUUUGCGGCGACUCCACAUGGCGUUCUGCCCAACACUUGGCAGCUGCCGAACUGCCAGGUGACGGUGACUUUGCAGGCAGGAGACGCCGUGAAUUCGUUGGAGACCAUGCCGCAGCAGACGCUGAUUGUGGGGUGCUCCAUCCUCGACCUGGUCGACGUGCAGGCUUUAUCAGGUGCUCUUCGACAACACCAGGCAGGAGCCCUGCUCUACUUUCCCAUCCAUUACGCCGGCGUGACCCUUCUCGAAUCCCCCCGCCACGGAGACAUGGAGCUGCUAACAGCAGACUACAACCGAUCGCUGGAGUGCAGGGGCCAGGUCACGAACGUAACCAAUUUCUACGAUUCCCUUGGCGAGACGAUCGCAAAAGGCCCCUCAUCCUGGCUUCUCGACUCCAAGGCUUGCCCUGCCCUUUUCAAGCAGCUCGUUUCCUUCAUGGCUGUGAAUGCCCUAGGCUUUCACGGCCAUGCAGCAGUGGGCGAGGCUGUGGCCGCACUUCAGCGCUCCGCCAGCCCUGGUGACCUGGCCGAGGACGUCGUUCUCAAGGUGGAGAAUGUGGAUUACCUUGGGAGAGUUCCCGGCAGCUUGCGAGCAGCGCCGCGGCGCCGCCUGGCGGUGGAGUUCGCUGCGCCGGGCGAGGCGUGCCUGGUCGAAGAGACCUUCGGCCAACCCGGGGAGGGCGAGGUCCUCGUGCAGGCAAGCUAUUCUGCGAUAUCAGCAGGCACAGAGAGGCGCAUGCUGAUGCAAGGUCCGGGCACAGAACCUUUGGAUGUGACCCACGAGUUGGGUGAGACGGCUUGGCCUUUCAGGUAUGGGUACUGCAUGGUUGGGUCUGUUGUCCAGUCGAACGCUGCCGACCUAUUGCCUGGGACCAGAGCAUUUUGCUUUCAUCCUCAUUCGAGCCACGCCAUCGUGCCAUCAUCCGCAGCACAGAAAAUCCCGACCGAUGUGAGUGACGAGGAUGCGGUAUUCUUCGCGAACAUGGAAACGGCCUGUGCUUUGAGUCAGGACGGCGCGCCUGUGAUCGGUGAGUCUGUGGCUGUUUUUGGCGCCGGAACUGUGGGAGCACUCACUGCUGCGGUGUUGGCGCACCAUGGAUACCCUGUCACGGUCUUUGACCCUCGGGUCGACCGCUUGGCUGCAUUGCAGCGGAGAUUCCCCCAGAUCUCUUGCGGCACUGGUGCGGACUUUGACGUCUGCAUCGAAGCCAGCGGCUCACAGGAUGCUCUGGCUUCUGCACUCCAGCGCUGCCGUCGCGGCGGGACCGUGGUUAUCGGAUCAUUGUAUGGAGAGUCGCCGGUGGGUUUGCCGUUGGGUCUUCGCUUCCACCGCUCGGAGGUUUCCCUGAAAGCCUCUCAGGUGAGCCGAAUACCGGCAGAUCUCUCCACAAGAUGGACGAAGGCGCGGCGCUCCGACCUGACCUGGUCUUUGAUUCGGGAGCUCAGACCCAAGGACUGGAUAAGCUCGCGAUUUGUGCCGAUAACUGCUGCCACCGACGUAUACCGGGAGCUGAUCAAACCUGGUGAGGACACUCGCAGUGACGGCCCACCUUUGCAGUGGAUCUUCACAUACGACACGGGUUCUGAGUGA